CCCACUCCGUCACGGUCAACCAUUUGUGACAUUGGUCUAUUCGGCCCAUCGCACUGUUCAUCUUGUAGGAUCAGACACAAAAGGCAGGCGCUGGGUUAAAAAAUCGGACACGAUGGUCAAUCUAGGAAGCAUUUGGCAAAACCUUCUCGCCUCGCAAGCUCCUCUCCAGUCCAUGACAGGCAACGCAACCACCAUGGCCGGCCUCGCGACUUAUACCCUUCCGCAGCUACCAUAUGCCUACAAUGCUCUGGAGCCCUACAUCUCAGCCCAGAUCAUGGAGCUUCACCACAGCAAGCACCAUCAGACUUACGUGACCAAUCUCAACAACGCCUUGAAAGUUCACGUCGCCGCCAUCGCCUCUAGCGAUAUCCCCGCCCAGAUCGCCCAGCAGCCCGCCAUCAAGUUCAACGGCGGCGGCCACAUCAAUCACUCGCUCUUCUGGAAGAACCUGGCCCCCGCUGAGACCCCCGAGACCAACUACCCGGAGGCGGCUUCUUCGCUGGCGGCCGAAAUUGAGAAGACGUGGGGUAGCUUUGACGAGUUCAAGAAGGCCUUCUCUGCUGCGCUCUUGGGCAUCCAGGGCAGUGGCUGGGGUUGGCUCGUUAAGGAGUCUACUGCUGAGAAGGGAAGGCUGCGUAUCAUUACUACCAAGGAUCAGGAUCCCGUCGUGGGCGGUGAGGUUCCUGUGUUCGGGGUGGACAUGUGGGAGCAUGCGUACUACCUCCAGUACCUAAACGGAAAGGCUGCGUAUGUCGAGAAUAUCUGGAAGGUGAUCAACUGGAAGACAGCCGAGGAGCGCUUCCGGGGUAGUCGUGAGGACGCUUUUGCGGACCUCAAGGCUUUGCUAUGACUGUGGUUAUGGUCAGCUUGAGGGAUCUAUCGCGGUUACUCGUCAAGGCUAGAAACACCCAGUUCUUACCCCCCUCUAAGGCGUUUCUAACCCGGACGAGUAUUUUCCUCGCGUUAACCAACGUCUGAUGAAUACAAAUUGUUUCUUACCCUCACUCAUACACUCACUUGUUUUCCCC